AUGGCUUCUCCUCUAAGGGAGGUGGUGGUUUACGAGCUCCCAGGCGCAGUUUGUCUUCUAGCGCUAAAUGUGCAGCAGCAGCAGCAACAGCAGCAACAGCCACAGCAGCAGCAGGUUACCUCUGGAGACAGUGCACGCGGCUGCUGCUGCCGAUGCAACUGCUACGGCCGGCUGUUGGUCUUCACGAAGACAGUCUUGGACCCAGCAGCCGCAGCAGCCGUAGCAGGAUGCAGGAGCAGCAGCAAGAGCAACACCAGCAGCAGCAGCAGCAGCUGCUGCUGCUGCUGCACGGAAUCUAGUAGCAGCCUUAGUUCUGUUGCUGUAUACCAGCAGCACUGUCUUCCCACAGCGUGCAUUUUUGAGUCGACGAAGUUGCUGCUGCAGCAGCAGCAGCAAAAGUAUGUUCUCCAGCUGCAGCAGCAGCGUCACAAUACCGACGGUCUGCGGCUACUGCUGCGGGCCCCCAGUGCCCAGCAGCAGCAGCAGCAGCAGCAGCAGCAGCACUUGGAAGCUGCUGCUGCAAGCACAUUAACUGCAGGUGACAGCGCUGGCGCUCCUGGCACCAGCAGCAACAGCAACGCCAGCAGCAGCAGUCGCAGCAGCAACUUUGUUGCUGCGCGCAGCAGCUGCGGCCAUGGUGCAUGCAGCUGUUUUUCUGUUAGUCUUUCAUUUGGUGUUUUAGGGGCCGUGCGACUCCUUUGCGGUAUUUACCUCUGCAUUAUAACCCACAAAGCCACUGUAGGGGCUCUACCGAACAUUGCAGCAGCAGCAGCAGCAGCAGCAGCAGGUACAGCAGCAGCAGCAGCAGCAGCAGGAGGUGCAGCAGCAGCAGAAGGGGGUUUGGAUCCUUUGCCUAUAUUUGCUGUUGAGGGGGUGCGGCUCAUUCCUCUCUUCUCCUGGAGGUGGGAGGGUAAGCAGCUGCUGCAUCAUGCAGCAGCAACUGCUGCUGCAGAUGCUGCUGCUGUUGAACUUCAGCGGCAGGUCUUCUAUGGGGGCCCUCGCGUUGGUGGCUGCUGCGCCCCUGCAGGGGUAGAUGUUGGAGAGAUACAGGUAGCAGCAGCAGCAGCAGAAAGCAGCAGCAGCAGCAACAGCGACGGCUGCUCGUCGCCCCCAGAGCUGGUGGAGAUGCAACAGCUGCAGCAGCAGCAACAGCAGCGCCAGCAGCAGAGUGGCCGGCUGCAGCCGCUAGAGGUCGCUGAGUUCAGGAAGCUGCUUGAGAGAGAACAGCGGCUUUGCUGUUUGCUGCUGUCUGCAUUCAGCACUUCACCGCAUUCUCUGCUGUUUUCCAGCGACCUUGACCUCACCCUCUCCCUGCAGCAGCAAGUGCAGCAGCAGCAGGAGCAGCAGUUGGAAGCCGAGCGGUGCGCAUGCUGCAGCAGCAACCACCGCAAACUGCAGCGGGGCGCUGGCGGGCACUUCGUCUUCAACAAAUUUCUGCUGCGGCAACUGCAGGAGCACGCAUUGCAUGCGCCUGCAGCAAAGUCAACAGAAGCAGCAGCUGCUGCUGCAGCAACUGCAGCAGCAGCGGAUGGGGCAAGCUACGGUGAGGAUCGUCCAGCAGACAGCGUUGGCAGCAGCAGCAGCAGCAGCGGGUCUUUCGUGUACGGGUGCUCGGGUUGCUGCUGCUGUUCAUCAGCAUCGUCAUCAGCAGCAGCAGCAGCCACCAGCUGCUGCUUCUCUCCCUGGCAGACGGUGUUAGUGCAAGGGGGGCUGCAGCAGCAGACGGUCGCUCUCAUCCCAGGACAGCACAGACAGCAGCAGCAACAACAACAACAGCAACGGCAGCAGCAGCAGCAGCAGCAGCUGGGAAGGGAGUUGGAGUUCCUUCAGCUGUCUGUGUUGGCAAGGCGCUCGCGGUUUGCUGCUGGGACUCGCUUUUACAGUCGAGGUUUGGAGCGACCUUCUGAUGCAGCAGCAGCAGCAGCAGGGGAAGCAGCAGCAGAGAGCAGCAGCAGCAGCAGCAGCCCACUGGGCGUCGCUAACGAAGUCGAGUGCGAGCAAAUGCUAUGGCGUGUGCUGCCGCCGCCAAUGCCAAAGGCAGCAGCAACAUCCGAAGCAGCAGCAACACCCGAAGCAGCAGAAACACCUGAAGCGGGAGCAGCAACGGAAGCAGCAGCAGCAGCAGCGCAGGCAGCAGCUGCAGCAACAGCAGCAGAUUCGUGCGCGGUAGCAGCAGCUUCCACUGCCAGCAAGCUGCGUCGUAUGUUUGGUGACUCGGAUGCAGCAACAGCAGCAGCAGCAGCAGGAGGAUCAUCGGCAGCGCGAGUAGCAGCAGGAACAACAUCAGCUGCAGUAGCAGCAGCAGCAGCAGCAGGAUGUGCCCCAACCUCGCGAGGGUGGCGCUUCUCUCCCUGCUGCGCGUCUGUUGUGUUCUUGCGAGGGUCUAUACCGAUAUAUUGGCGGCAUGAAAGCGUCUCCCGUGCUCUGUUUUCUUUUCUGAUGCCCUCACCAAAUACCUGCAUUGAUUUGCCUGCUGCUGAGGUGUACGUACACCUGAAACGACACCUGCACUGGCUGCUGCGCCGCUACCACCAGCCGCUGCUGCUGCUCGACCUCGUUCGCCAGCAGCACACCGUAGAAGGAACUCUCAGCCGUGCAUAUCGUAAGGCCUUGGGUCUCUGUAGCGAUGAAUUUGCAGUGUAUAUACACCCCAGUAGCGACAGCAGCACCAGCACCAACACUAGCAGCAGCAGCGCCACCAGCACCAACAUCAGCAGCAGCGGCAGCGGCAGCAGCAGCAGCACAAGUAGCAGCAGCAGAGACCUAGACCCAGCAGAUCGCACCGCCACACCAGAGGCCUGCAGCACGAACACGAGCACGGGCGAUGUAGCUAUUGUAGACGAGCCCGCUGCACAGAACAACAGCGGCGAAGAGCAGAAGCAGCAGCAGCAGCAGGGGCAGCUGCCGCAGGUGCAUUACUACGAAAUGGAUUGGCACGUGCGCAGCGAAUCGAUUGGCUUUGACUCCGCGUUUGCGGAGUUGGCGGUUCUUGGCUCUAAGCUGCUGCAGCAAACAGGAUUCUUUCUGUUCCAGCAGGAGCAGCAGCAGCAGCAACAGCAAAUGCAGCGACAGGGGCAACAGGAGGAGGAGCCUACUGGGGUGCUGCAGAAGGGAGUGGUUCGUUUCAACUGUAUCGACUGUCUAGACCGAACGAACAUCGCUCACGUCUGCCUCGGCGUUGUUGCGCUGUACAUACACCUGAGGGCUGUGGGGCUCUGGAGGCCAGGCAGCCCUUGCCCGCACAGCUGCUGCGUACUGGAGGGAGCGCAGGACGUCUUGAAAUCAGCAGCAGAAGCUUUGUUGCUGCAGCAAAUAGUGGAAACGAAACGCACACACGAGGCACGACUGCAGCUGGAGCAGCAGCAACAGCAACUCACGGGGCAGCAACAGCAGGAAAGUUGUGGUUCUGCUGUGGUCGCAGCAGCAGCAGAGGAGUUGCAUGGAACUACGGACAGUUCUUUGCUUCCUGCGUCUCAGGGCUGGGGAAAUGGAUCAGCAGCAGCAGCAGCAGCAGCAUCCCGUUUGGAGCUACCAGAAGUGGUGCUGCAGCCCGGAUUGGGCUCACCGUGUGCUGCAGCAGCAGUAGCAUCUGCAGCAGCAGCAGCAGCAGCAUCUGCAGCAGCAGCAGCAGCAGGGGGCAUUUUUUCUUCUGGUGCUUCGCCUUUGUCAGCGUUUAAGGGAGAUGCAGCGCUUGUUGCUGUUUUGGGGGCCCUGUGGAGAGGCAUCGGCGACAGCAUUUCAAUUCAGUAUGCGGGAUCGCCGGCUCUGCAUGCGGCUGAGUUUCCUCCCAGUCCUGCCCGUGCUGCUGCUGCUGCGUUGGCAACGCAGCAGCAACAGCAGCAGCAGCAACAGCAGCCGCAGCAGCAGCAGUCGCAGCAGCAGUCGGUGUCUGCGGCUCUACAGCGUGCUGAAGUAGCAGCAGCAACUUGGGAACGAAUGAUCCUCGGAAUGAAAGACAGGCCGUGGGUAGCGCAGUCAAGGACUAGCGCCCUUUACGCAGUGCAGAGAUACGUCAGCAAUAAGGUGUUUGAUACGGAGAGACAGCGCGCCAUUUAUCUUCUGACUGGUUUCUUUAGGCCUUCGCUUCAGGGGCCCGACCUCUUUUCCUUAGACUGCUCCCAGCAGCAGUUGCCUGUAUACUUGGACGCAGCAGCAGCACCCGCAGGAGCAGCAGCAGAAGGCCACUCCGCUGGUGCUGCUGCUACCGCAGGUGCUGCUGCUGCUUCAGGGCAUCAGGGCCCAUCCCCAGCUGUGGCAACACUCAAGGCUGCAGGAAGCACUGCGGUGCAAACGCCAGCACAGAAAGCAGCAGCAGAGGCAGGAGAAGCAGCAGCAGCGGCCGCUGCUGCUGUUCUGCAACGAGAACCCCUAGAAAAUGUUUGCUGCAUCUCUCUGGCUGGAGUCGAGUUGGUGCCCCUUAACCAGUUGAAGAAUGCAGAAGAAAAACCGGUCAAAAGAUGUGCCGUUGUAAUGGCCAUCGAGUUGUAUAGACACUUGGAAUAUGACUUGGCGAUUGCGAGGUUAUCUUCUGCUGCUCCUCUCAUUUUAAGCUGCCGCUGA